UUUGUCUCUUCGCUGUCUUUCAACGCGCAUCGUCUAACUUUCCCCGACAAAUUUUUUUUUUGCUGAUUCAAAUUUAUCGAUUAUUUACUCUUAACUAUCAAGUACACUUGAAAAGUCGUUCAAAAUUUUUUACAAAUUCAUUUAAAAAAUAUUCUCCCCCUUCAAUGGAUGAAAAUGAUUUAAAACAACAAAUUGAUACUUUAAUACGCAGUUAUCCAGAUUUCCCGUCCAAAGGAGUUCUUUUUAGAGAUGUACUCCCACUAUUCUCCAAACCUACACUUGUCCGUUCCCUGUGUUGCUAUGUUGCUAAUCGUUAUAGGGACAGAAUUGAUUUAGUAGCUGGACUGGAAGCGAGGGGCUUUCUUUUUGGCCCAAUCAUUGCGUUGGAAUUGGGCAUUCCUUUUGUUCCAGUACGUAAACAAGGAAAGCUUCCCGGCCCCGUAAUUUCUGCAAGUUAUCAGAAAGAGUAUGGCAAGGAUGUUUUUGAAGUGCAACAAGACGCGCUGUCAGCCGGGCAGCGAGUGUUGAUUGUGGACGAUUUGCUAGCCACCGGAGGGUCUCUACGUGCAGCAGAACAAUUGGUCAAACAAACAGGAGCAACAGUUUAUGCAAACUUUGUUGUAAUUGAAUUGGGUGAUUUAAAUGGACGGAAAGUGUUGGGAAGUGAAGUCGAUGCUUUUUUGACAUAUUAA